AUGAGACCAUUCCGCCCUCAUACCAUUCAUGUCUCUAUCAGGUCUAUAAGACGGCCGCUUCCAAGGAGCUUUAGUGCUAGCUAUUGCACGAUAAAGGAAGAUAGCAAUGACCUCUUCUCCUACACAUCUGGGCGGUUUGUGUAUAACGAGAGGAAGCAACUCCGCGACCGAUAUGUCGAAUUCGAUAUAUCAGCACUUAAAGAAGCAGUUACCGCGCACACAGGAUAUGGCAAAGUUACGAACAUCGCAAAACUUGGCGAAGGCGGAUUCAAUCGUGCAUUUCUCCUAACGUUGGAAAACGACGCCCAGGUAGUUGUCAAGACACCUUAUCACCUUUCAGCACCUAAGAAAUAUGCAACAGCAAGCGAAGUAGCCACGUUACGUUUCUUACGUUCAAAGGGUAUCCCAGUUCCGAAAGUCUAUGGCUGGUCAUCUACAGAUAAAAAUGCUGUUGGAACGGAAUACAUCAUUAUGGAAUUUGUAUCCGGUAUAAGUCUAGAUACCAAGUGGUUUGAUAUGACCAAACCACAGCAACGUGAUCUAACAGUUGAGAUUUUUGAGAUAGAGAAAAAGUUGAUGGGCAUACCAUUUGGGUCUAUUGGAAGCAUAUACUUCAAGAGUGAUAUCCCACCUUCGAAGCAGGCUGAUCUCUAUCUUACUGGAACGCCAGACCCUGAAGAGGAUUGCCGUGAAUAUUGCAUUGGACCCAUAGCCGAUUACAUGUUCUGGCAAGGUGAACGUUCCGAGUCAAAUACGGAUUCUGGCCCAUGGAACGACCCGCAUGAAUAUCUUUUGGCAAUUGGGAGACGUGAGAUUCAGUGGACACAACAAUACGGAAAGCCCAUCGAGAAAAGAUUUCCGUACAAUACAAUCCCUCCUAGCGAGGAGUCCCAUCACGACUAUUUGGCUCUAUUAAACAAAUAUCUAGCAAUUGCGCCGUUUCUCCUCCCUACAAACCCCAGGGAUCCUAACAACUUACCUACAAUUCGCCACCCAGAUCUCUCACCUGUGAAUAUUUUUGUGUCUCCUGGAGACUUGAAAAUCACCUCUAUAAUAGACUGGCAACAUACUGUUAUAACACCACUGCUACUGGCCGCUGGCCACCCUCGCCUAUUCGAAAAUCCUGAUGCAGAACCACCAGAAAGCAUAGAAGAACCAAAACCACCCGAGGGAUAUGACGCUUUGGACCCUGCAGCGAAAAGCCAGGUUGAUGAGCUUCUUCGCCGUCGACACCUUUAUUAUCUCUACCGCAUCUUUAACGGGGCUCGGAACAAGCCACAUUUGGCCGCAUGUGCAGACCCGUUUCUUCUACCCCGACAGCAUCUUGUUGACUACGCCGGGCGCCAAUGGACUGGUAACCUGAUGACUUUGCGGGGUGCCCUCAUACGUAUGAGCCAGUACUGGCCGCUCCUACAAAGUAACGGUUCCACAUGUCCUAUUGAAUUCACUGAGGUUGAGCUACAAAAUCACUUCGAGCAUGAACCAACAUGGUUUGAAUACACCGCCCUUGUUAAUUAUUGGCGCGAAGAGAUGGGAGGUAUGAAUGAUGAGGGAUGGGUACAGUCAGAGGUAUAUGACCACGCUGUGGAAAAGAACAAGGAGCUCAAGACACACUUCUACGAUGGUGCCGAUGCGGAUGAGGUUGAGAAGGUUACCCUGGGUUGGCCAUUUCAAGACACGGAAGAGAGUGCUCAAUGA